GAUACAAUCCACUUUUAGUUUUGAGUAGAAAAAUGGAGACUUUGUUCAAUUUCGAUUGUGUAAACAUUUCUGAUGAAGAGUCUGAUGUUAAUGUUUCUUGGUUGAAUUAACCGGCUUUCUAAGUUGUGGGUUCUUUUUUUCUAAGAAGAGAGAAGGAAAAUGGCAUUCACUGGAACCUUGGAUAAAUGCAAGGCUUGUGAUAAGACUGUUUAUGUGGUGGAUUUGUUGUCUGCAGAUGGAGCAUCUUAUCAUAAAACAUGCUUCAAAUGCAGCCAUUGCAAAGGCACCCUUGUGAUGAGCAACUACUCAUCCAUGGAUGGGGUCCUCUACUGCAAACCUCAUUUUGAGCAGCUGUUCAAGGAGUCUGGCAAUUUCAGCAAGAAUUUUCAAACAUCUGCGAAGCCUGCUGACAAGCUACAUGAGCUGUCAAGGGCUCCUAGCAAACUCUCUUCUAUGUUCUCCGGAACCCAAGACAAAUGCUCUGCUUGUCGAAAGACAGUGUACCCAUUGGAGAAGGUGACGCUAGAGGGAGAAUCUUACCACAAGUCAUGCUUCAAGUGUGCUCAUGGGGGCUGUCCCCUCACACAUUCAUCCUAUGCUGCUUUGAAUGGAGUCCUCUACUGCAAGCACCAUUUUUCCCAGCUCUUCAUGGAGAAAGGCAAUUACAGCCAUGUUCUUGAGGCUGCAACACACAAGAAACAAGCUGCUUCAAAUGCAGAGGCAGAAGCAAAAGCAGAAGCAGAAACAAAAGCAGAAGCAGAAGGAGAAGCAGAAGCAGAGCCAGAACAUGACCAACCUGACCAGACACAGGGGCAAUCCUAAAAAAUGCACAAACACGAGCGUACACACUAUGCUUCUUUUGUUGUUUUUCUGACUUCCUCCCAAUUUUUCGUCUGGUUGGCAGACCAUAUAAUCGUAAUGCCAUUCUUGUAUGUUCUCCGUUUAUUUUGAUUUUGUAAGCAAGUUCCAGAAGUUAUGUAUCAGACUUAUACAAAGCUUAUGACACGAUAUUAUCUUUUCAUUUUUCC